GCCGCCUCCGCCGCCGCCGCCACAGACGGACUGCAGACGGAGCGAGGCUGGACGGCGCAGAGCAGCCGGUAAGGAUCAUGACUCGUCACGUGUCUGCAGUCAGCGCCUGCGCCUGGCUGGCAGCCAUUGUCUGCUUCGUCUUCUGCUGGUCCUCCUGCAGCGCCGCCAGUGUGCGCCUGGAGGACGCAGAAAGGAAAUCUUGGGCGGACGACGUGGAGAACAUGCAGAACGACCUCUACGUCAGCGAGCUGGUUAAUCGGCUGCGCGCGCUCAACGACGCCGAAGAGACCGGUCUGGCCCACAAGCGCGGGUUUGACUUCGGCCUGGGCCGCGGCUUCUCGGCCACGCAGGCGGCCAAGCACAAGAUGGGUCUGGAGGCGGCAGCCUUCCCGGGGGGACCCGGCCGCCGGCGACGCUCCGUCGAGCAGGCGCUCCAUCUGUAAACCCCCGACCUCCAUAUGGCGUGCCCUCCUCUGCCCCGGCGGUUCCAUGUGGAACUGACGGUGCUAGUUGGAGUGUCCCCCAGCCAGCCUCGGCGGACUGGAUCCGGUGGUCACGCGGGAUCAGCUGACUCCGGCAGGUCGGACCGCUUGAGGUCCGUAAGCCGAUCAGGAAGACACCUUGGAGUUAGCUGAAGAGGCUGAAGAUAGUUUGGUCUGUGGUGGGAGCGCCUAAGCCUCAGCUGAUCCCGCAGGAUCAGCUGAUCCCGCUGGUUCUCAAGGGCUGCUGGUCAGUCGCCUGUCCGCCGCCGGCUGAUAGUUUGCUUGUUGUACGCUCACGGACGGGGCGGUCUUAUCGUUCUCACUGCGCCGGAGCCACAUACAGAGAGUUGUUGGUUAGAGUUGUGUAGUGUGCAGUUCACUUUGCUUCGCCCCACCUAGCGCCAAUCGUAGUCGCCAUACGGCAUCCGAGUUUUACCUGAGUUAUAGUUACCAGAUGUCUGAUCAGUGUUUCAUCAGCAUUAUAGCAGAGUUGUAUGACGUAUCGGCCACAGAAAGUACGGUUCGAGGAAAGGAGCAGGCUCCAGUGUAUUGGCACAUCCAAGCGCAUCCAGCAGCCUGCCAGCAGGGCAGCUAAGCGAGACCAUUGGGCGUCCAUCGCAGUCACGUCUGGUUGGGGCUGGCCCGAGCGCUCACGUGGGCAUGGCGCCGGUCUCUAGCGACACCGACGCAUGUACAGACCGGCUGGGCCACCUGUCACUCUGCCAAUGGACAACUCUGUUCGAUCAUCCACGCGUGAGACAAAUGUGUGCCGUGUUUAAGUUAAAAUGGUAGUGUCGAUUAUUUGAAAUAAAUAUAUUUUGUUGA